UUAAAACCACAAUUCCUCUACAAAUUAUUUGUUCUUUUAGUAUUAAAAAAAGAAAAGAAAAAAGGCCAAAUUCACGCAAAAUACAACGAGCAUUCUUUUUCAGUUUUUUGCUAAAAGAAAAAAAAGAAAAAGAAAAAAGAAUUACUUUCUCUCUCUCUCUCUCUCUCUCUCUCUCUCUCUCUCUAUUCUUCUCUUUUCUUGCUUUCUUUCCUUCCUCAUUCUGCAGCCCUAAUAUGAAAGCAAACAAUUCAAUCAAUUCAGUUUAUUUAUAACAUCAAAUUCAGCUGCGAUUAUCGUUUAGAUCUUUGCGCUAGCCUUGCUGUUCAGGAAUCAUGUCUCUUGCACGGCCUCACCGGCCACGAGAUGGUCAUUUCCGAAGUGAUGGUAGGUCGUCUUAUGGUAGAAUGAGAACGACAGCUGCUGCUAACUACGAGUGGAGCCACGAUCGCCCCUCCGAUUCAAACUUUUAUACGAAGAAUCACGGUUCAUCUUGUGACUUCUCUCGGGACUUCAUGCUGGAUAGACCUAAGUAUGAACAUGUCUGGCCUGAUGUUGUACCGCCUUCAAAGAGGAGGAAGGUCUUGGAUUUCUCUCAUGAAAGCACCGGCAGGCCCUAUCAACAAUCACUUAGUCAUGAAAAUGGUCUUGAAAAUCUUGCUGGCAUUUGGCAACAUGUGCCUCCUUUAUAUGCCACUGCUUACUGUAGUGUUCCUUCAGUCUGCAACAAUAGUUCAGCUGCAACAGCUGGAACCAGGCCCGAUGAUGCCAGUACUUACUCUUCAACUACCUCCAAGCGGGACCGCUCAAAGUAUGAGGAUGAUGAAGAAGUGGUUUUUAUGUCAAGAGACGAGAUAGAGAGGUGCUCUCCCUCAAGAAAAGAUGGCAUUGAUCUGAUGCAUGAGACACACCUGCGAUACUCGUACUGUGCCUUUCUUCAGAAUCUUGGAGUUCGGCUUGAUCUGCCACAGACCACUAUCGGAACUGCAAUGGUUGUAUGUCAUCGUUUUUUUGUUCGUCGCUCUCAUGCCUCUCAUGAUAGAUUCUUAAUAGCCACUGCUGCACUUUUCCUUGCCUCUAAGUCGGAAGAGACACCACGGCCUCUUAAUGAUGUACUCAAAGUAUCAUGUGAAACUUUCCACAAGCAGGAUUUCAUUGUGCUCUCUCACACAUUCCCUGUUGAUUGGUUUGAGCAAUAUCGUGAACGGAUUAUAGAUGCUGAACAGCUGAUUUUGACAACCUUAAAUUUUGAGCUAGGCGUGCAGCAUCCAUAUGAAUCUUUGACAUCUACUCUUGAAAAAUUAGGUUUCUCACAAUCCAUUUUGGUGAAUCUGGCAUUGAGCUUGGUCAGUGAAGGGGUCUAUAGAGGAUUAGCAUGCUCACCUUAUGAUAUUAAUAGCUGGCGGUUGAUGUGCUGUUCAUCAAAUGUUUUGUUUUUCAUCUGAAGUUGAAAUAGAGAUAUCAUGUGGAUGCCUUUUCCAUGCUGACACCUUAAUGACAUGCUCAUUGCCUAUAGAAGAUCAUGGAUGAAUCCAAUCUAAUAUUGCCAUUUAGGCAUUCUGAUUGGUGUUUGGGAAUCCUUAUGGGGAGCAUAUGUUUCCUAUUCACUCUAUUGCCACAUAGGAUGCCUAAGAACAGUCUCAGGAACUCAUUUCUUGCUGCAGUGCUUCUGCUGAUUGUCUACGAAGCAAGUCUUAUUUGCACAACUGGCUUUAUUUCAUCACUUCCUAAAAGACUUGUUUUCAUCACUUCCUAAAAAGACUUGCUUCGUAGACAUUAUCCACCUCCAAUUUCUCCAAGCCCUGCAAACAUACAUUGAAGAUAUUCUAAUUUGUUCGAAUCUUCUAAACAACCGUCCAUGCCUUCCAUUCCUCUAGACUACUUGUUUCAGCUUCAAAGUUUUUGUUUGAAAUUGGUCUAAUUUUCUGCAGUUUUAACAUUACUGUUGGAUAUAUAUGGUACAUGAACUCUGAAUCUAGGCUUCUAAAAGUAAAAUCAUAAGCUUAUCAAACAGCUUCAGACCUCUGUCCUUGGUCCGCUGUAUUGGGAAAUGAGUCUUAAUUGUUUGCAUUUGAAGAAAAUGAGACUGGGGAGGGGGGAGGACCAAGUUGAUUGAAAAUGCCUUGCUAUUUUUCAUUAUAAUUGUAUGCAUUCAAAACAAACAUUUGUAGUCUUAUAACAUGGUUUUGUUAAUUUA